AUGGUAUGUGCCAAGCAGGGUUACAGUAAACUGGAGCCUCUCCUGGCAACACAAGCAACCCACUGCACCACCGCGCCCCCUCUCAGAGUCGUGCUACUGACAGUGUGCGGAAACCUGCUGGUGAUCAUCUCCAUCUCCCACUUCAAGCAGCUCCACACACCGACCAACUUCUUCAUCCUCUCCCUGGCUGUGGCUGACCUCCUGGUUGGGGUCACCGUGAUGCCUUUUGGCCUGAGCACAACGAUAGAGGUGUGCUGGAAUUUUGGGAGAACUUUCUGCGUGGUUUAUAAAAUUUUUGCUUACUAUCUAACCUCUGUGUCUCUUUAUAAUGUUAUUUUCAUCGCAGUGGACCGAUAUCUUGCUGUUUGUAAUCCCUUUUUCUACUCAGCCAAGAUUACAGUCAACAUAAGUUUACUGAUAAUAUUUUUUAUCUGGUGCACUUCAAUAUUCCUCAACACGGUUCUUUAUUACUUCUCCACAAGUAUUACUGACACGACAAAUACCACUGCAAGCCUUACAGUGUGUUCUGUUACAGCCAGCGACACAUGGGAUAUCGUUGAUCUUUUGCUGGUGUUUAUUUUUCCAUCUGUUUUAAUGAUAAUCUUGUACAUAAAAAUAUUUAUCAUUGCCAGACAUCAUGCAAAGACAAUUAGAUGUGCCAAUAAAGCAAACACGUUUCACAACACAACAAAAAUGAAGUCAAUGGCAUCGGAGAAGAAAGCUGCUAAGACCCUGGGAAUCGUAGUGGCUGUUUUCCUGCUGUGUUUGAUGCCAUCUUUUACAGUCUUUGUCGACCCCGAUGUUGUGUCCUUGACUUUUUAUGUUGAAAUGCAAAAUAUUACAUAUGCUGUUCUGUUUCUGAACUCCUCCAUUAAUCCAAUAAUAUAUGCAUUAUUCUAUCCAUGGUUUCAGAAGUGUGUAAAGCUCAUUGUUACUUUUAAGGUGUGUUACCAGGGGUCUUCACUGCUAAAUGUGCUUGGUGAAUCUCCCUGA